CGACAUCGACCAGCGCAGGACGACGACGAGGCCGUUUUGUGUGAACCGUCUAACAAUUUCCUCGAAUAUCGCGCCGCCAUGCCAGGACCUUCGAACACACUCCUGAUUGAGGGAUCGUUCUCUGAACUCGCGGAGGAGCUUGCGCAGUACAUCGAUGCGCUCGCCAAAACCGAAGAAGGCAGUGGUGUUCAACAAGAAAUCGCUCAAUUCCUGGGCGACAUUCGAGAAUCGGAACAAUCCCAAGAACCAGUAGACGAGUCUGCUGUUCAAAAGCAGAAAGAUGAAGUUCUCAAAAAGAUUGUAACAAAAGCACCAUAUCUCAGUUCCGCUCCCGAACGAGAGUUCACCGCAGCAUACAACCUCCUCAUCAACCUCUCACUCAACUCUCCAAUUCAAGAGCAAAUUUUCUCGAGAAUAUGCCAAUACCUCUCCGAACACCCCAUCAGCUCCUCCCCUACCUACGGCCCUUCUCUGGCCCUCCAGACCCUUACUACCGUCUUCAAUGUCCUCCCCCCCGCCAGUGAAGGCCGAUACCACGUCUUCCUAGCCAUCCUCAGAGUCAUCAAGUCCGCCACAUCCUCAGUAGCCUUCGAGGCAUUAAUACCACAAUUGGAACUCAACAUCCCCACCUGGCUAUCAGCGUGGCAACUUGAUGAGGACGAUGCGCGGAAUCUGUACAUCUCGGUGGCCGACGUUGCCGCAGCCAUCGACAAUGAUGACCUGCAAUACAAGUAUCUACUUAAAGCACUAGAGACCGUCGCUGCCGACUCUGCAUCCGAGACCGAAGCACAAGAUUUGGCGAACCGAACCCUACGCGCAGCCCUCAUCAACCCCAACGUGACGGACUUCACACCCUUGACAGCGAACGACGCCAUCCAAGCCAUGCGAAGAUCCGACAGCAACCUAUUCGACCUCCUCGAGAUCUUCUCCUCAGACGACUACUCCUCGUACAAGGACUUCCUAGAGACAAACAGCCUCUCUUCGCUAGGCCUCCCCGAGGAAAGCGCAGAGGUCCUAAGCAACAAGAUUCGACUCCUCACACUGGCCACCAUCGCCGCAUCCUCGCAAACACGCUCAAUAUCAUAUUCCACAAUUGCAUCGGCCCUGCAGAUCCCCAGCUCCGACGUAGAAAUGUGGGUGAUUGACGCCAUCCGGGACGGUCUUGUCGAGGGCAAACUAAGCCAGCUGAAGCAAGAAUUCCUGGUCCAGCGUGCCACAUACCGCGUAUUCGGCGAGAAGCAAUGGGCCGAAAUCCAAGGACGACUGAUGGUCUGGCGGCGCAGUCUGGAAAGCGUGCUGAGUGUGGUCAAGGCCGAGAGGGAGCGGUUUGCGCGCGAGGGUCCAGGAACCGGCGAGAAUGGCGUCACUGGAUAUUGGGACAGGGAUAACGACGGUCCACAAAGAGGCGGAGACAGGCAGAGACGAGGAGGCGGUGGUCGUGGUAGAGGCGGUCAGCAUCGUGAUCAAGCCCCGAGAGAGGUUGAGGCCGUUGGCGGUGGAGAUUAGUACUCUCCAGCAUUAUCGGUUAUUU